CAGUUAAUCACAGGGUGUUCAUACCAAGUUAGUUUGGAUAAUCUCCAAUAAUAUUCCACAACCUCUUUAUCUUUUUAUUUAAUUUCUCUCUUGCUUUCCAUUAUAUUGUCUUUGGAGGAAAGGAAGAAGAAGGAGUGGCGGGAGAGGUUUUGUACCUCUCUUUGCCUAAUCUCCUUUUAAGAAAUUAAAUUAAAUUAAAUUAAAUCCAUAAAUUAUUUUUCCCCACAUUGUUACAAUGGGGAGAACAAAUGAAUGUAAUGAUGUCGAAUGUUCUUAUGUUCCGGUAUCCGACGAACUCCACGCCACGGGACCUUCCGCUGUUUUACGCGGAAGGUCGAAGACCGUGGUUGCGGUAUUUUGGGGGAUGUUGGUUGUGGUUUCAUUGGUGGCAUUGACAUCAAAUGGAAAUAUUGAUCAUGUGUCAACAUCAGCAUCAACAAAUAAAGAUUUGAAUACAGAAACAUUACCUGCACGUGGUGUAUGUGCAGGAGUGUCCGAGAAAUCAAAUACUAGGUUGUUCACUAACAACAACAAUGGUGAAUGGUUUCCUUGGAACAAUAGUAUGCUUUCAUGGCAGAGAACCGCUUUUCAUUUCCAACCCGAGAAGAAUUGGAUGAAUGAUCCUAAUGGUCCAUUGUACUACAAGGGAUGGUAUCACUUCUUCUACCAAUACAAUCCAAACGGUGCAGUUUGGGGUGACAUAGUAUGGGGACAUGCUGUUUCAAGAGACUUAAUCCAUUGGUUUCAUCUUCCACUAGCAAUGGUAGCAGAUAAAUGGUACGAUCAAAAAGGUGUGUGGACAGGUUCAGCUACAAUCUUACCCAAUGGUGAAGUUAUCAUGUUAUACACAGGUGCCACAAAUGAAUUAGUACAAGUUCAAAACCUUGCUUAUCCUUCUGACCCUUCUGAUCCACUUCUUAUUGAUUGGAUCAAAUAUCCUAAAAAUCCUGUUCUAUUCCCACCCCCUGGAAUCAAUGUCCAUGAUUUUCGUGACCCUACAACUGCUUGGUUAACCUCUCAAGGUAAAUGGCGUAUCUCUAUUGGUUCCAAGAUUAAUAAAACUGGAAUUGCUUUGGUUUAUGAGACUCAAGAUUUUAGGACAUUUGAGCGAGUCGAGGGUGUGCUUCGUGCUGUGCCUAAAGUUGGUAUGUGGGAGUGUGUUGAUUUUUACCCUGUCUCUACUAAGUUGGAAAAGGGUUUGGAUACUUCUGCUUAUGGGGUUGAUGUGAAGCAUGUUAUGAAGGUUAGUUUGGAUGAUGAUAGACAUGAUUAUUAUACUAUUGGGAAUUAUGAAGAAAAUGGUGCUGAUUUUGUACCUGAUGAUAUUCAAAAUGAUGUUGGUAUUGGAUUGAGGUAUGAUUAUGGUAUAUUUUAUGCAUCCAAGACAUUUUAUGAUCAAAAUAAAGAGAGAAGAGUGUUGUGGAGUUGGAUUGGAGAGUCUGAUAGUGAAUAUGCUGAUGUAACUAAAGGUUGGGCAUCUGUUAUGGGUAUUCCAAGGACAGUGGUGCUUGAUAAAAAAACUGGUAGCAACUUGCUUCAAUGGCCUGUUGAGGAGGUGGAGAGUUUGAGAUUGAAAAGUAACAAGUUUGAAAAUUUGAAGGCAAUGCCAGGGUCAGUGGUGUCACUAGAUAUUGAAACAGCAACACAGUUGGACAUUGUUGCUGAGUUUGAGAUUGAUAAGGAAGCAAUAGAAAAGACAGACCAAACCAAUGAAGAGUACAAUUGCAAGACCAGUGGUGGAGCUGCUCAUCGUGGCGCCUUAGGGCCUUUUGGUCUAUUGGUUCUGGCAAAUGAUGGCCUUUCUGAAUAUACUCCCAUCUACUUCUAUGUUGUUAAAGGAAAUGAUGGAAAUCUCAAAACUUCCUUCUGCUCUGAUCAAUCAAGGUCUUCAUUGGCAACUGAUGUUGAUAAGAGUGUCUUUGGAAGCUUUGUUCCAGUACUUGAAAAUGAGAAGCUAUCUUUAAGAAUAUUGGUGGACCAUUCUAUAGUUGAAAGUUUUGCUCAAGGUGGAAGGACAACAGUGACUUCUCGAGUUUAUCCAACAAGGGCAAUCUAUGGAGAUGCUAAGUUGUUCUUGUUUAAUAAUGCUACUGAGGCCACAGUUACUGCUUCACUCAAAGUUUGGCAAAUGAACUCUGCAUUCAUAAAGCCAUUCAGCCCUGAGCAAAGGAGUUAAAUUAUAGAGUUAAGAUAUUCAAAAUUCACAAUUACAUCACAGAGGGAAAAAUGUUGGUGCUAUUAUUCAACAAUUCAGGUUCCCAAAUAUAUGCAAUGGUCUUCUCAUCAAUCCAAAUUAAGUUUUGGAUUAGUAUUGAGCAAAAGCCCACUGCUCCCUCAUUUUUGUCCCAACCUUUUUUUAUGCAUAUUUGUAAAUUGGUCGCUCUUGGAUGAGCACCCUUAGAUUUCUUUUUACAUUAGCCACAACCUGUAAUGAUAUUUUACAGCAAUGGAUAAAUGAAAGAAAUUUCAAGAUUCUCUA